GAUUGAAGGUGGAGGAAGACAAGACAGACAGCCCACCUCCAUCUUCCUUGAUUCAAGGAGAACUAAUUUGCCACUUGUUUCUUUCUCCCCCAAUUUUCAAUUUAGGGUUUAAAUCACAUUUGACGGACAACACCCUUCUUCCAAAAAAGAUCAAAUCAAGACUCCUCUUUUUCUAACCAACAAUCCACCUAAACCCACCCCAAUGUCGUCCAAAAUGUUCAAUCAUUCUCAGUAAUUUCGUCGAUUCUUAAUUAAUCGACUUUGUUCUUUCGUUUGACCAUUCGUUUGAUUUUUACUGCUGGUUCGAAAUCCAGAGUGUUGGUCUGACGUGUCCGUUGAUCCCUUCAAAUUCAAUAAUUAAUCUAAUCAAGAACGAGAGGGAUAUGCCGGUCGUGAUUCGUGCGAAAGGACGCUUUUCCAUUUCCCACUCAUCUGAUCUUAGAUCUUCCUUCCCGCGGAAGUAAUCGAAAUUAAUUUCCCCCAUUUCUGCAUCUAUCUCUUCUCGAUUCUGCGAAGAACAAAUUAUGAUCCAGGAAUACCUCCGAUGCUGUUGCCGAUCUUCCGGAGAUAGAUAGAUGAUCGGGAUCGGGAUCCAUCCGGCGCCGGAGUUGAUGACUUAUGUCGCCGGCCAUCGUUGACUUCCACCCACCGCCGUCGCCGUCGCCGUCGCCGUCGUCUCGUAGCCGUCAGGUUUAUAAUUCGAAUUUCUAUUCGUUGAACGGCGAUUGUUUUGAGCCGUCGGAUCGAAUGGAUCCGAAUUUCGGGUUCAGCUCGCCGUCAUUGGGCGGCUCUCCAAAGCCCCCCGCCGCCGCCGGACUUUCCCGUCCGCCGCGGUUCGCGAAGGUUCGGAAACCCUCGGCGGGUCACCGCCCCAAUUUGUUGAGGUCCGUGGUGCCCGUAAUCGGGUCGAGUUUCAACGAUUCGGGCCGCGGCGAUGCUUCUAGACCUAAUUUGGAAUCGAAUCAACAGAAUGUAGGCUGUGGAUUUGUGUUUGGUGCAAACAACGGUAAUCGGACUGAUAAGAGCGAUUCAGCUAGCAAUCAGACCGACGCCAUUGACGAUGAGAAGAAGACGAGCGAUGCUAUGGGGAAAUUGGAAAUUAAUUCAGUCCAAUUCGAUGGUGGUAAUGUGGAUGAGCUCCCAACCGACACGAAGAAUUCGAACAUGGAAGAAGAGCAGGGUAAAGACGACAGAAAAUUCGAAUUCAGUUUCGGUUCCAAGCUGGAAGGGGGUACAUUGCCGCAAAGCAUCGAAUUCAAGACGCCUGAUUUGAAGACACGACCAUUGUUCGGUCCAUUGAUGAAAAUCGAGGCGAAGAAGGAAUCGAGUAAGGACAGUGGAUCAAGGAGAAACAAAGGAAAGGGGAAGGUGAAGGGGAAGAAGAAGACUGCCAUGAAUUUCCAGCAAGGAUUUGUGUUUCAGGAAACUUUGCAGGAAUCGCACACAGAAUCGUAUGGAUUCUUCACGCCGAUGGAGCUUUCGCCGCGCGACGAGGUGUGGGGAAAUGGUAGUUUUUCGAGGGAGAAUUCGGUGGGAUCGGAGGAGUCCUCAAGUGUUGUCAAUGGAGGUGCUAACCCCGAUAGUCCGGAGGAAGACUCUGUUUCCGUGGCCGAGAGUGAAAGCUUCAAGUCUGCAGCCGAUGAGUUAGAUUGCAGCACGGCUGAUUUGUUUGUUUUCGGAGCAGAGACAGGGGGAAGCUUGAAAGUCGAGGAACAGAACGGUGAUGGUGAGUCAGGAUUGAUGAAAGAUGCGACGCUGCAGAGUUGUUUCACUUUUUCUGCUCCGUCCUGUUCUUUAGCGAAUAGUUCGGUGUUGAUGAAGAAGAGAAAUCAAGCAAAAACUAGUCCUGAUUCAUCUAUUACAGUAGCAGGUUAUGAAGAUCCGCACGCUUUAUUGCAGCUCCGGUCGUUUCAAGUUUCGGGAUCAUCAUCAUCAUCUCGAGAGCAUAAUGAAUUGAUUGCCAAGCAAUGCUCUGAUGCAGCAUUCAGCAUUGCAGGGCAGGAAUCUUGCGAAACUUGGCGGUUGAGGGGGAAUCAAGCGUAUGCGAAGGGGGAUUUCUUAAGAGCCGAAGAUUGCUACACUCAAGGAAUUCGCUGUGUGUCUCCGAACGACGAAUCUAAGGCUCUAAUGUUGUGCUACAGUAAUCGUGCUGCGACGCGCAUAUCGCUUGGAAGGAUCAGAGAAGCAUUAGAAGACUGCAUCAGAGCUUCUAAAUUAGACUCAAGUUUCCUGAAGGUGCAAGUUCGAGCUGCCAACUGUUACCUUUCCCUAGGGGAAGUUGAGAAUGCAACUCUGCAUUUUACCAAGUGCUUGCAAGAUGGUCGUGCGGAGAAUAAAGUUUUUAUUGAAGCUUUGGAGGGACUUGAGAAUGCAAAGAAAGUUGCAGAAUGCAUAAAACAGGCUGCCGAUCUUUUGGGACGGAGAUCAUCUGGUGAUGUAGAUUGUGCUGUAAGUGCCAUUUCUGAUGGAUUGAGGAUAAGCCCUUAUUCGUAUAAAUUGUUUCAGAUGAAAGUCGAUGCUCUUCUUUCGCUGAAAAAAUACGAAGAGCUGAUACAAUUCUGCCAGCAGACUCUUGGUUUGGCAGAUUCAAAUUUUCAGUGUGGUGUUGACGGCGUCAAAAGUUCUGAUGUAAAGGGGCCUUCCUCAUUCAGGAUCUGGUGUGUAUCGUUGAUCGUAAAGGCCUAUUUCUACCAGGGAAAACUCGAGGAAGCAAACAGUUACGUGAAAAAGCAAGAGGUAUCUGCUGCAUCACUCGUGCAACGUGGAGAAAGCCGGUCCCUUGAAUCUGAGAUUCCUUUGGUUGGCACCAUAGACAAGUUAUUAAAGCUUAAGGCUGCAGGAAACGAAGCCUACAAAUCAGGAAAGCAUGCCGAAGCCAUCGAACAUUACACUGCCGCAAUAUCACAGUCUGUCGAGUCACGUCCUUUUGCAGCAAUAUGUUUCUGCAACCGUGCGGCUGCAAAUCGCUCGUUGGGUCAGAUCAUCGACGCCAUUGCAGAUUGCUGCAUUGCAAUCGCCCUCGAUGGGAGUUAUUACAAGGCCCUGUCUAGACGAGCCGCGCUUUAUGAGAUGAUCAGAGAUUACAGUCAGGCCGUUGCAGAUCUCCGAAAACUUGUUUCUCUCCUCACCAAUGAACUAGAUAAGAAAAUAAAUCAAUCCGGUAACAAAACGGAGUGCGCCAACGAGCUCAGACAAGCUGGUUUCAAACUUUCGGAAAUGGAAGAAGCAUCUAGAAGCGAGAUUCCCUUGAAUAUGUACCGCAUUUUGGGAGUUGAUCCGGCAGCUUCAGCAUCCGACAUUAAGAAGGCUUAUCGCAAAGCCGCGUUAAAGUAUCAUCCGGAUAAGGCUGUUCAAUCCUUGAUUAGAAAUGAAAACACGGACGACGUCAUGUGGAAGGAAAUAGCCAAAGAGGUACAUAAAGACGCAGACAGGCUCUUCAAAAUGAUCGGAGAAGCCUACGCAGUGCUUUCAGACAGCGCAAAGCGGUCGAGGUAUGAUUUGGAAGAAGAGACACGAAAUGCGGCAAACCGAGGCAACGGAAACAAUCCGAUGAAGCACCAUUCGGAUAUCCAUUACAGCAGCAGCAGCCGGCGAAACUGGCACGACCCUUGGAGGUCAUUCGGAAACUCCUCAGAAAGAAGCCACUACAAUUGGUACUCGUAAAAACUACUUGUGCAUAUUUCUUGCACGGCAUUUUUAAUCAUCGCGGCUACAGAUGAAUCUUGACGAGGCCAUGCAUAUCAUGUUGCCUUUUCAACCGGCUGGAACUGGCUUCGGCGUCCGUUCAUCGUGCUUGCAGCCUCUGAUGCGAAGAACAGGUGAAAGUGUGGGAGACUGACCCCAAAGGAGGUAGAGGAGAGACAAGGAUUAGGUCUGGCAUAUACAUAUAUAUAUAGAGAGAGAGAGAAGAAGAAGAAGAAGAAGAAGAAGAGGCAUUUGAUGUGUUCGAUGUAGCUAAUAAUAAUGAUAAGUUGUAACUAAAUUUUUUGUGUUUGUAUUAUGGAACAGAGUGAGUGUUACAGCGACACUGAUAUAUGUUGUAUGUUUGUAUCUGUGAGUUAUUAAGUAAUAAAGUGGAAAUUUUUAAUGUA